AUGCUUUAUAAUCGCUCUGAUUCAUUGAAAUGUCUUGAAUGGGUUAUAUUUGAUGAAGUUCACUAUAUCAAUGAUCCGGAACGUGGUAUUGUAUGGGAAGAAGUUAUUAUUAUGUUGCCUGAUUAUGUUAAUCUAAUUAUGUUAAGUGCAACUGUUUCCAAUUCUACAGAAUUUGCUGAGUGGGUUGGACGAAUGAAAAAGCGUCAUGUAUAUGUAAUAUCAACGUUUAAACGUCCAGUACCAUUGGAACACUAUCUGUUUACUGGAAAUUCAACAGGAACUAAUAAAGAAUUAUUUUUAUUGAUUGAUUCUGAACAAAAACUUUUAUUGAAAAAUUAUGAAUUAGCUGUAAAUGCAAAAAAUUCUCGAUUAAAAGAUCAUCAACAACAAUAUGGCUCUAAACAACGACGAGACUAUCUUAAUCCAAAUCAAAGUAAAACUUUAUGGACAGCAAUUAUUUAUAUGUUACGAGAUCGUCAAUUAUUACCAGCUGUUUGUUUUGUGUUUUCUCGUAAACGAUGUGAUGAAUAUUUAAGUUUAGUUGAAAAACUUGAUUUAAAUCCUGCCGAAGAUAAACACAAAAUAGUUAAAUUUUUUCGACAAGCAUUAUCUCGAUUAAGUGAUUCCGACAGACAAUUACCGCAAGUAACAAGUGUUCUAGAAAUGGCUAAAAGAGGUAUUGCAAUUCAUCAUUCGGGUGUAUUACCGAUACUUCGAGAAGCUGUUGAACUAUUAUUUCAAAGUGGAUGUAUCAAAAUAUUAUUUGCUACCGAAACAUUUGCUAUGGGUAUCAAUAUGCCUGCAAGAACAGUUAUAUUUGAUGCAAUUCAAAAACAUGAUGGUCGCUCAUUUCGAGAAUUAACACCAAGUGAAUAUAUACAGAUGGCAGGACGAGCAGGAAGACGUGGCUUGGAUAAAACGGGAACAGUUAUUAUUUUAUGUAAAGGUUCUGAAGUACAACCUAUUGCAAGUUUGAGAACAAUGAUGAUGGGUAAAGCUUCUCAAUUACAAUCUCAAUUUCGUUUAACUUAUGCAAUGAUAUUGAAUUUUUUACGUGUCUCCGAAUGUCCCCUAACAUAUAUGGUUCGUAGUUCUUAUGGUGAAUUUCAUGAACAAAAAGCAAAUUUACGUGAUUUAAUAGCAUUAAAGAAGUUGCAAACAAAUAUUGAACAAAUUAAAGUAUUAUUAGAUAAAUGUAAAAAUUGUAAUAAUGAAAAAUUAAAUCAAUAUUAUGAACAAACAGAAAAAUAUUGGUCUCUCAUAUACAAUAUUCAACAAUUGCUACAAGAAAAUGUAAAAACACAAAAUUUAUUAAAAUGUGGAAAAAUUAUUCGAAUACGCUAUUUAUAUGAAACAGAUUUACCAGCCAUUGUAUUAGAUUCAUCACAUGAACAUUCAAAAAAACAAACAAUAUCGGUAUUAUUAAUUCGACGUAAAUCACAAUUAAAUGAGAGUUUAACAGAUGCUGAUACAAUACUUCUCAAAGAAUCAAAUGGUAUUCUUGUUUUACCUCUUCAAACAUGGAAACAAGAUGAUCCAUAUGAUAUUCAAAAUGAAGACUAUGAAAUUAAAAAUAUUUCCUAUACAGAUAUACUUGAUAUUACACUAAAUUCAUUUCUUAUUAUUCUUAAUUGUUCAAUGGCUUGUUUAAGCGAUGUAUCAAAAUGCUUUUGUUCCAUGACUUUGUGCUAA